GCGGCGAAGCGAGAUCCCUUCUCACGUGAGAGGCCGCCGAUGCCCAGAGAACCCCGUCCUGCUUACUGCAGAGCCUCGGCUCACAAAGUGACCUAUUUCAAAGAGCCUACCUGGACCCGGCUCGCUGCAUCCCUGCAGCCGGGGCGCCGCGGAAGGUGGGGGGCCCCGGGGGCGAUGAAGUGGGACCCUUAGUCCCCCGGCUCCUGCAACCUGGGGAAAUCCCGGAGCCUCCGAGGCGGCUCCAAGUCUCCGGCCUCCCAACUUGGGCUCUCCGUCUGUCCGGACCCGGGACCGAUCCAGAACCUCUUCUCUCCCUCUCCGCUCUCUCUGCGCCCGGCCAGGCGCUAUGAAGUGAGGCCCCGCCCCCGUCCCCUUGCCGUGCCCCCCGCCCCCCCCUUGCCAUCAUGAGAGCGGCGGACUCCGCCACCUGGGAGAGGGUCAAAUUCCUCACGGGCCAGGUAGAAGCGUGCACUUCCUGCGGAGCCGGGAAGGAGCCCGCGGGGGAGCGAGGCUGGGGAGCUAGCCCGUGGGAGUGGGGGCGGGGGACGGAGCCCAAGCCGGAGCCCGAACCCCAUCGGGCGCCCCAGCCCCGGCCCCAGCCCCUCGGAGCGCAGCCAGCGGCGCCCACCAUGAAAUCCAACGGUGACGAAAGGAAGCCGGUGUUACUCCGAGAAGAGGUAUCUCAGCUGCAAGAGGAGGUUCAUCUCCUCCGGCAGAUGAAGGAAAUGCUCACGAAGGACCUGGAGGAGUCUCACGGAAGCAAGUCCACGGAGAUUCUCUCGGCCACCGAGCUCAAAGUUCAGCUGGCCCAGAAGGAGCAGGAGCUAGCCAGAGCCAAAGAAGCCCUUUUGGCCAUGAAGGCCGAUAGAAAGCGUUUGAAGGCCGAAAAGACAGACCUCGUGAGUCAAAUGCAACAGCUCUAUGCCACCCUGGAGAGCCGGGAGGAGCAGCUUCGGGAUUUCAUCCGGAACUAUGAGCAGCACAGAAAAGAGAGUGAGGAUGCGGUCAAAGCCCUGGCAAAAGAGAAGGACCUUUUAGAGCGGGAGAAGUGGGAGCUGCGCCGGCAAGCCAAAGAAGCUACAGACCACGCCACAUCCCUGCGGUCACAGCUGGACCUGAAGGACAACAGAAUGAAGGAGCUUGAGGCUGAGCUGGCCAUGGCAAAGCAGUCCUUAGCCACCCUGACCAAGGACGUCCCCAAGCGGCAUUCCCUCGCCAUGCCAGGCGAGACGGUUCUCAACGGCAAUCAGGAAUGGGUGAUGCAGGCGGACCUCCCGCUCACUGCGGCCAUCCGGCAGAGCCAACAGACGCUCUACCACUCACAUCCCCCCCAUCCCACAGACCGGCAAGCUGUCAGGGUGAGCCCCUGUCAUUCUCGGCAGCCUUCCAUCAUCUCUGACGCAUCUGCGGCCGAAGGAGACCGGUCAUCUACGCCAAGUGACAUCAACUCCCCUCGUCACCGGACGCACUCCCUCUGCAAUGGGGACAGUCCCGGACCCGUACAGAAGAAUUUACACAACCCGAUUGUACAGUCACUAGAGGAUCUUGAAGACCAAAAAAGGAAAAAGAAGAAAGAGAAGAUGGGAUUUGGCUCCAUCUCCCGGGUCUUUGCCAGAGGGAAGCAGCGGAAAUCCCUCGAUCCAGGCCUCUUUGAUGACUCUGACAGCCUGUCCAGCCCAACCCGCCUCAGCCUGUCGGAAGGAGAGGAGCAGAUGGACCGACUACAGCAGGUGGAGCUGGUUCGAACCACCCCCAUGUCACACUGGAAAGCAGGGACCGUCCAGACUUGGCUGGAGGUGGUCAUGGCAAUGCCCAUGUAUGUCAAGGCCUGCUCGGAGAACGUGAAGAGUGGGAAGGUGCUGCUGAGUCUGAGUGAUGAAGACCUGGAGACCGGCCUUGGCGUGUGCAGCUCCUUGCACCGCCGAAAGCUCCGACUGGCAAUUGAGGACUACAGGGAUGCAGAGGCUGGUAAAUGCUUGUCAAAGGCCUCAGACCUGGACCACCACUGGGUGGCUAAGGCAUGGCUCAAUGACAUUGGCCUGCCCCAGUACUCCCAGGCCUUCCACAACCACCUCAUCGAUGGGAGGAUGCUCAACUCUCUGAUGAAGAGAGACCUGGAGAAACACCUGAAUGUGUCCAAAAAGUUCCACCAGGUCAGCAUCCUGCUCGGCAUCCAGCUCCUCUACCAAGUGAACUUCAGCAAAGAGGUUCUCCAGGAGCGACGGGCUCGUUGUGAGACACAGAACACUGAUCCAGUGGUCUGGACAAAUCAGCGGGUGCUCAAGUGGGUACGGGACAUUGACCUGAAGGAGUAUGCGGACAACCUGACCAACAGUGGCGUCCAUGGAGCAGUGCUGGUCUUAGAGCCCACAUUCACAGCAGAAGCCAUGGCAACAGCCCUGGGCAUCCCCAGCGGAAGGCACAUCCUUCGGAGGCACCUGGCUGAAGAGAUGAGCACCAUCAUCAACCCUGCCAGUGCUACAGGCAUCCGAGAGGCUGAGAGGUUUGGGACCCCCCCAGGAAGGGCUUCCAGCGUCACUCGGCAGGGAAAGGAGGAGACUAGCGGUGGCGUCAAGUACAAGACUGGCCGGUUGCCACUAGGGAAGAUUGGAAGGGGGUUCAGCAGCAAAGACCUUGACUUCCAUGAUGACUAUGGCUCCCUCAGAAAUGAAGACUGCUUCGAUGAUGACCCUCAAGAUAGACCAGAUCAGUGUCGUCUAGAAAACUACAGUGGACUUGAGGUUACCAAUGUGUAACGAAUGGCUUUAUUCCCACCAGUCUCAUGGGCCAAGGAGAAAAAUCAAAGGGGGAAGGAAGGAGCUUAUGAAGAACCCACCCAAUUGGGUGGACAGAGGAACUUUGAGCUAAGUGACAACAUGGCAUUGUCACCUUGUUAGCCAAGGGACACUUCCCAGACCAAACACAGCCAAUUUGUAGACUGACCAACUUUAGGAGACUACUGAAAUGAGCUCCUGGUGGGGACUGGAGGAUCCAUACCUAGAAGGCUCCAGAAAAGAUCAUAACCAUCCAGCAUCCUGUCCUGGACUGUUUAGACAUCCCUCCACUUGAAAGCAGGGGACUAACUAAGACCCCUUGAAAGUCACUCUGACCUCUAAAGUUCUAAGGUUCUCAGGCUUAAUUUCAGAGGGAACUUUGAAGUUAAAUAAUUUGUGAGCUACCCCUGAGCCCCAGACCAAGCCACCACGGACGGGAAAGACCCAUGUUCCCCCACCCCCUCAAAUGUCCUUCCAAGACUAGCUGGUGGGUUAACUUAGUAUUUCAGACACCAAUUUGAAUGAAAGGAAGAGUAACCAUGGAAAAAGGAAGGUGAUGGCCCAGCAAGCAACUGCCUUUCUACCCGGGACAACCUGUUGGGAAAGCAAUGGGCAGCCAAGAAUGCCACCUCCUGGGUGUGAUGUCAGAGUGACAGCUUCACCUCCUGUUUUUCUUCUCCCUUUGGUUUCUAGUGGAUGAGGGGGGCUUCCCUGGCCUUCCAGACUCCAGCCUAGAUCAUCAUGUCUGCAGUGGGCAGAGUGGGUAAAGCCCAGGAUUUAGAGACAUUUGGAAUGCUAGCUCUGUUGUUUUACUGCCUAUGGAACCCUGGAAAAGUCAAGGGCCUGGGCCUCAGUUUACUUGUGUAUAAACUGAGAGACUAGAUUAGAUCAUCUCUAAAGCUUCUUCCUGCUCUAAUAUUCGUUGGGUGAACUGCCUAUGCUUCUAUGAUCUUCGGAUCUUUCUUGGAGUGUUGACUGUCUGUGUGACCUUGGGCAAAUCACUUACCUUUCCUGGGUCUCAGUUUUCUCCAUUGUGAAAAUGAGUGGAAUGGACUAGAUAACCUUUGAGUCCCUUCCACUUCUAGAUUUAUGACCCCAUGAUGUGAGGCAGGUCUAAAAUAGUGGUCCCUAGCUUUAGGGAAGUGCUUAACAAAUUCAUGAAGGGUAGAAGUGGCUACCCUGCCUAAAGUCCUUGCACCAGGAGAGGGUACAGUUGUUAAAUAACUAUGGCCACGCUUAGGGGUGAGGUGAGGUGACUCUUGAGGAAUUACUGCAUAUAUAUUGCCUGGAAAAACUACGGGAUUCUUUCUUCUGAAUGAAGCAGAUUUCCAUAUUGGGCUUAUCAAUGUGGCCAGUCUCUCCACCAGUGUAGAUCUCGAACCAUUGACCUGGUCUCCUUCUGUGUGAUUCUUAUCCAUAUUCUUCCAAAAGGGAUCCACUCAACACUCACAUGUUGGUUCUUCUUAUACUUCAUGGAUGCAUCAUAAUCAAGCUGUCCAUCUGCUGAGGCAUAAAAUGAGGAAAUACAUGUUCGCCAAAGGUCUUUACCCAUGCCAUGGAAUGUGUCUUGUACAUUGUCCAAAUGGAGGAGGAGAAUGUUCUCCAGACACUUUUGGUAAUGAAUGGCACUGUAAUGGUUCCUUCAGGACCAAGGACACCACCAAGCUAUUUCAAUGAGAUCCACAGCCAUUAAGAAGAAAUUGGCUCAGCCAUCCACAUAGGAAAAACUAAGUGGAUGAAGAAUGUGUGAUACUAAGAUUAAGAUAUUCCACUGGCUGGGUGACCAACCUAUGGAAUUAGUGUAUCAGGAUAUAUACACUUUAUUGAAAUAGUUCCCAAUUCACAAGAGUUUGCUUGAGACAAGAGCCAUGGGGAAAAUAAGCUUAAUUCUUCUCAAGAGUGCCA